UUGAUUUAGCAACAUCAUCUUAUUAUUUGCUGAAAAUAAGCAAAAAGAAGAUGGGAAUUCUCUUUUUGUUUUAUUCACUUGUCUGCUGUAUUUUGUUGAUAGUUAGUGAAAGCUUUUCUUCAUCCAUGCAUCAUCUUUGCUCUCCCACUGAAGCUUUUGCUUUGCUUCAAUUCAAACAAUCCUUUCAAAUCGAUGACCUCUGCGUAUGUUGGGAUGAUAGUAAUCUGAAAUAUGUUGAUAUCCCAAAAACGAAGUCUUGGAAUGAGAAUAGGGACUGCUGCAGUUGGGACGGGGUCACUUGUGACAUGUUAACCGGUCAUGUUAUCGGAUUGGACCUUAGUUGCAGUUUGCUUGAUGGAACUAUUCAUCCCAAUAGUAGCCUCUUCCAACUCCAUCAUCUCCGGACACUAAACCUUGCUUAUAAUAACUUCCAUUCUUCUUUAGUCUCGCAAAACAUUGGCCGAUUGGCGAAUUUGAGGCAUCUCAACCUUUCUCAUUCUUUCUUUGAAGGGGAAAUCCCAACAGAAAUCUCAUACCUUUCCAAUUUGGUUUCACUUGAUCUUUCUUCUAUACUGGUGUAUGGAUUACAACUUGAUGAGACAACAUUUGAAACAAUGCUUCAGAACCUGACAAAUCUGGAGGUAGUUUCUCUCUCUGCUAUCAACAUCUCAUCUCCGAUACCUGUGAAUAUUUCUUCUUCCUCCUUAAGGUACCUGGAUCUUGAAUCUACUAAUCUGCAAGGUGUUAUCACAGAGAGUUUUUUCCUUGUGCCAGAAUUGGAAAAUCUCAAAUUGGGUGGAAAUAAUCUUCUCAAAGGAGUUUUACCAAAGAUCCACCCGAGCAACAAUACUCUGUUGGAGUUGGAUAUUUCUAAAACAGGAAUCUCCGGUGAGCUGCCUGAUAUAAUUGGCACCUUCAGUUCCUUGAAUCGCUUGGACAUGUAUGGAUGUCAAUUCUCUGGUUCCAUUCCUGAUUCCAUUGGCAAUAUUACACAAAUUAGGUAUUUGGAUUUCAGUUAUAAUCAUCUCACCGGCCAUAUUCCUUCCACAAUCUCUAAAUUGAAGCACCUCACAAUUCUAGGUCUUUCGUCCAACUCCUUUUCAGGUGAGAUUCCCAAUAUUUUUUCUAACCUCCAAGAGUUACGUUAUUUAUGUCUUUCUAAAAACACUUUCAUCGGUUCGUUUCCUUCUACAAUUGUAAGCUUGACACAUCUUCAAGAGUUAGACUUGUCAAGUAAUUCCUUAUCUGGCCCACUGCCUAAUAAUUUUAGCAUGCUUCAAAAGCUAACCGAACUGGGUUUGUGGAACAACUCACUGAAUGGUAUCAUACCAUCUUCGCUGUUUAGCCUCCCUUUGCUAGGUAAGUUGUGUCUCGAUAAUAAUCGGUUUAGUGGACUACCCAAUGAGCUCAAAACAAACCCAACAUUGGUACGCCUGGGUUUAAGCCAUAAUCAACUCAGUGGUUUUUUUCCUCAAUCACUUGUGAAUCUCACAAAUCUUUCUACCCUUGACCUCUCAUCAAAUAACAUCACCAUCGAUGAGGGAAUACAAAUCACUUUUCCUAACCUAGAAAUUUUGCAGUUAUCAUCAUGUGAACUGAAGGAUUUUCCACACUUCUUGAAAAAUGUAAAGAAACUUUGGGUCUUGGAUAUUUCUAACAAUAAGAUUCGUGGAGAAAUCCCAAACUGGUUUAGCGGCAUAAGGUGGGACGAAUUGACGUACCUAAAUCUUUCGCAUAAUUCUUUAACAGGCCACCUACAUCAAUUUCAUUUCCAUAAUCUGAAGUUUCUUGAUCUUAAAUUUAACUCCCUUCAGGGUCCACUACCAUCAUCCAUUUGUAACAUGAACAAUCUUGAAUUUCUAGAUUUAUCACGCAACAACUUCAGUAACUCGAUUCCAAGUUGCUUGGGAAGCAUGUCUAGUCUAAAAGUGUUGGACUUAAGAAGGAACAAUUUCACAGGGAGUAUUCCCCCAUUAUGUGCGAAGAGCACUUCCUUGAUUACUAUUGUCUUGAAUGACAAUCAAUUUGAAGGAACUCUGCCUUUCUCGUUGAUCAACUGUAGUAAUUUAGAAGUUGCUGAUAUGGGGAAUAAUGCAAUAAAUGACACAUUUCCAGCUUGGCUAGGAACACUUGAAGAACUGCAGGUCCUAAUAUUGAAGUCUAAUUUGUUCCAUGGACCAAUUAGUUCUUGUCAGAGUACACUUUGCUUUCCCAAGUUGCGAAUUAUUGAUCUUUCGCAUAACCAAUUCAGUGGCUCACUUCCAGUAAAAAUCUUUGGAAACUUCAAGGCAAUGAUUAAAUUAGAUGGUGAAGACACAGGAAAGAUUAGGUAUAUGGAACCAGAUAUGAUUUCAUCGUACACAUCGUAUGAGGAUUCUGUGAGUUUGGUGAUCAAAGGCCAUGACAUUGAGCUAGAAAGAAUCAGCACAAUUAUGACAACCAUAGACCUCUUGAGCAACCAUUUUGAAGGUGUCAUUCCAAAAACACUAAAGGAUCUCAGCUCACUUUGGCUACUAAAUUUAUCCCACAACAAUCUCAUAGGUCACAUUCCAAUGGAAUUGGGGCAAUUGAAUAAGCUUGAAGCGUUAGAUCUCUCCUGGAAUCGUCUCACAGGAAAGAUUCCAAAGAAAUUGACAACAAUGAAGUUUCUAGCAGUCUUAAACCUCUCUCAGAAUCUUCUUAUUGGAUCGAUUCCUCAAGGUCUACAAUUCAACACAUUUGAAAAUGACUCGUAUGGUGGUAACCUUGAUCUAUGUGGUCCUCCUUUAUCAAAGCAAUGUGGAACGACUGAUCCAUCCCAUGUUCCUCAACCAUUGGAAUAUGAAGACGAGUCAUAUUUUUUUAGUGGCUUUACGUGGGAAUCAGUAGUCAUAGGCUACAGCUUUGGACUAGUUGUUGGAACUGUUGUGUGGAGCCUCGUGUUUAAAUACCGUAAGCCAAAAUGGUUUGUCGAAUUUUUUGAAGGCAUUUAUCCCAAGAAAAUGAGAAGGUCAAUGAAGAGAGCUCAGAGACGACGCACUUAAUGGAAGAAUGCAAGAGUGAACUUUUCUGUUUUUUUAGUUAUCUUUUUUGUUGUUUGUAUAUGUGCUUGAUAACAAUAUAACUGCAUGUGUUAUUUUGUGAA